AUGCUCGCCGCUGGGCGCAUAGCGUGCAUCUCGCGGCCAGCGCUAUGCGCCAGCGGAAUGCUCGCCGCUGGGCGCAUAGCGCGCAUCUCACGGCCAGCGCUAUGCGCCCAGCGGAAUGCUCACCGCUGGGCGCAUAGCGCGCAUCUCGCGGCCAGCGCUAUGCGCCAAGCUAUGCGCAUUCCGCCUCUCUCGCGGCCAGCAAUGCGCUCAGCGGAUUUCUCACCGCUGGGCGCAUUGCGCCUCUCUCGCGGCCAGCAAUGCGCUCAACGGAUUGCUCACCGAUGGGCGCAUUGCACCUCUCUCGCGGCCACCAAUGCGCUCAGCGGAUUGCUCACCGCUGGGCGCAUUGCGCCUCUCUCGCGGCCACCAAUGCGCUCAGCGGAUUGCUCACCGCUGGGCGCAUUGCGCCUCUCUCGCGGCCAGCAAUGCGCUCAGCGGAUCACUCACCGCUGGGCGCAUUGCGCCUCUCUUGCGGCCAGCAAUGCGCUCAGCGGAUCGCUCACCGCUGGGCGCAUUGCGCCUCUCUCGCGGCCAGCAAUGCGCUCAGCGGAUCGCUCACCGCUGGGCGCAUUGUGCCUCUCUCGCGGCCAGCAAUGCGCUCAGCGGAUCGCUCACCGCUGGGCGCAUUGCGCCUCUCUGGCGGCCAGCAAUGCGCUCAGCGGAUCGCUCAUUGCUGGGCGCAUUGCGCCUCUCUCGCGGCCAGCAAUGCGCUCAGCGGAUCGCUCACCGCUGGGCGCAUUGCGCCUCUCUCGCGGCCAGCAAUGCGCUCAGCGGAUUGCUCACCGCUGGGCGCAUUGCGCCUCUCUCGCCCUGGCAAUGCGCUCAGCGGAUUGCUCACCGGUGGGCGCAUUGCGCCUCUCUUGCGGCCACCACUCUUUCUCUCUCUCUCUCUCUCUCUCUCUCUCUCUCUCUCUCUCUCUCUCUCUCUCUCUCUCUCUCUCUCUCUCUCUCUCUCUCUCUCUCUCUCUCUCUCUCUCUCUCUCUCCUCUCUCUCCCCCCUCUCCCUCCCCACUGGUACUACGGCAGGUGUUUGCAGGCUUCUUCGCCCCACAGCCAUUCCGCUUUGAGCCAUACGACCUACUCACCAACAUCGUCAAGGGACUCACUCACUGCACUUCAACUUUUCUGCCUUGGGCGUCUCUCACUUCCAAUAUCACCACCUGUCCCUUUGAGCCCUUGACCUGUCCCCAUCCUCGUCCCCCGUUGCCUCUUCCCUCAACUCGCCCUCACUCAAACGUUCCUCCUAAUAUUAUCCCUUCUCCUGCUACUGCUCCUCCUGUUCCUCCUCCUCCUCCUGCUCCUCCUCUUCGUCUUCCCAAACCCUUCUCUGUUUACUCCCUCGCCCCCGUCACCUCUCAUUCUUCCACUUCUUCAUCUUCGCUCUCCAUCCUACCGUCAACUUCCAUCCUCACUCCCUUCCUCACUACCAGCAUGCAUCUCGGCCCAUUGUCUCUCCCUCUCUUCCUCCGCACUCUCUCCCUCACGUUCCCCCUCACUCUCCCCUCUUUCCAUCUCCUCAUCCUCGUCUCUCACACUCCCCUCCUCUUCCCCGUCCCUCAGACUCUCCCACUGCCUCUCCCUCUCCUCUUCUUCACCCCUAGACCCCUCACUCCCCCUCUCACUUCCCUCCUCACUCCUCCUCUCACUUCCCUCCUCACUCCCCCUCUCAUCCUCGUACCUACCCCUCCCCCACCAGCCCGUCCCACCCUUCCCUCCUCCCACUCCCCAAAAACUCUCCCCUCCAACUCCCCUGAGGCGACAACUCAGGCGUCAAAACCCCUUCCCUCUCCCCCUUGUCUUUCCAGCUCCCUUGUCAAAUCCCCCUCCCUCUGA